UCCCACCUUCAUUUCCAACAUCCCAGCGAUUCUCAUUCAUAAGAGUCCGCUCCCAGUUUACACGAGCUGAAUGUGUAUCUGCUGAUGAAAAUGACGUGGGAUAAAAUAGCGGUUUUCUUUCUGAAACUUUCCUGGACACUUUAUCAUGUCACAGCCAUUGAAAGACAAGACAUGUAUCCAUACGGGCUGUUUUACGGCGAUGUUACUCUGCAGGAAGGAGACGAUGAGACCUCCAAAGUGAUCUAUCUCACCAAACCCAUGUACUUCUAUGAGACGUCCUUCGACAAUUUAUAUGUGGCCACCAAUGGAAUCAUCUCAACUCAGGAUCUUCCCAUGGAGAAACAGUACGUGGACGACGGCUUCCCCACUGACUUCCCUGUCAUCGCCCCCUUCCUGGCUGACAUUGACACCAGUAAGGGAAAAGGAUUCAUCUACUACAGGCAGACGGAGUCCCCUACCGUGCUUGAACGGGUGGAGGCGGAUGUGAAGAAAGGCUUUCCAGACGCAGGCUUCACCCCUAGCCAUGCCUUUAUCGCCACCUGGGUGAAUGUGUCCGCAUAUGAGGAAGUUUCCCGCAGCUCUAGUGCAUCCAAUCGGGUGAACACGUUCCAAGUGGUUAUUGCAUACAAUGAGAAAGAUACAUACGCUCUCUUCCUAUACCCAGAGGAUGGAUUGCAGUUUUAUGGGACUCGACCUAAAGAAUCAUACAACGUUGAAAUUGAGCUUCCAGCACGUGUGGGGUUCAGCAGAGGAGAGCUCUCCUUCUUAUUUUUCUCACGAACGGAGGGUCCUUACUACAGCGUCACCACCAAUGAGCAAUCCAUCAAGAACCUUUAUCAGAUAGGAAAUACAGGAAUGCCAGGAGUUUGGCUCUUCCACAUUGGAAACAGAGACUCCUUCCAGAACGCUGUUUCUCCACAGCAUGCGGCAGUUUCAACCAAAGCUCCCCCCGUUCUUGAGUUCCCCGAUGAAGAGUACCCAGAUGAGGAUGAGGAGGAAUACCAUCCAGACUUCCAGGAUCCCACUACAACAGAGUUUAUUGAGCCAGAGCAGGACACAUCUUUAUUGGAAGAUCUCAACCAGCACACAUCCCUUGAUAAUUCUCAUCUUGAGCCUUCAGUAUCUAGUCCAGAAGAUGUUCCCGAGUCGGAGCACCAUAAUCUACCCUCGGAGGACGUGACCCAGCCGCAGCGGCCGCAUCCGAAACAUGCAAUCCUGCAGGUGUACCCAAACCGUAUGAAGGAUGUCCCACCACACACCUCUGGUGUUCAAGUAUUCAGUGUUGAUGAGAAAGUCGACUUUGACUCUGGAGUGAUCCAGUAUUCUACUGAUAAUAAGGAGACCUGCGAACGCUUUCAAACGCAGUGUAGUCAGAACGCACAUUGUACAGAUUUUUCUACCGGUUUCUGCUGUGAAUGCAACUCAGGAUUCUAUGGGAAUGGUCGUCAUUGCCUGCCAAACGGUGCACCUCAUCGAGUGAACGGAAAGGUCAGGGGGACUUUAACGGUGGGCGGCACUCCAAUGCAGCUGGAUAGCAUCGACCUGCACGCUUACAUCGUGGUGGGCGAUGGACGGGCGUACACUGCAAUCAGUGAGGUCCCAGAGCCGAUCGGGUGGGCCCUCAUGCCCGUAGCCCCCAUUGGAGGUCUGUUUGGUUGGCUAUUUGCCCUGGAGCUGCCUAACAGCCAUAAUGGCUUCAGUAUCACCGGUGCUGAAUUUACUCGCCGAGCUGAUGUGACCUUCUAUCCCGGUAACCAGCGGCUCAGUAUCGUCCAGACGGCCAUGGGUUUGGACACCCAGAACUACCUCAACGUAGACACUCAUUUAGAGGGCAGUGUACCCUUCAUCCCUCCUGAUUCCACAGUGCAAAUGGAGCCAUUUAAAGACACCUACCAGUAUUACCCAUCAUUGAUAACCUCCACGUCGGCACGCGAGUUUACAGUCGUGUCUGCAGAGAAUGGAGCAGAGACCUUUACUCUCCAGGUCAAACAGAACGUCACAUACAGAGAUUGCACUCACGGACCACGCAGCAAUCUCGAAACGCAGGAGUUGAGAAUUGAGCGCAUAUUUGCAUUGUUCGCCAAAGAGGAGCGCAUCCUUCGAUAUGCUAUAACCAACAAGAUCGGUCCUGUGGGAGCUGGGGACCCAGAGCCAGAAAACUUAAACCCCUGUUACACUGGAAAUCAUGAUUGUGAUACAACAGCGCAGUGCGUGCCGGGCGAUGGAGAGCUGUUCACAUGCCAAUGCGCCACAGGUUACAGAGGAGACGGUCGCAACUGUUACGAUAUCGAUGAGUGUGCAGAAGGUCUGAGCUCCUGCGGACCUCACUCGCAAUGUGUCAACCUGCCCGGAAGCCAUCGCUGUCUGUGUGAAAGUGGAUUUGAAUUUGGAUUUGAUGGACGAACAUGUCAGGAUGUAGACGAGUGUCGCAACCAGCCGUGUCAUGCUCAGGCCUUGUGCUCCAACGCUCCAGGAUCUUUCUAUUGCCAGUGUCAACCCGGAUUUCAUGGUGAUGGCUUCCAGUGCUAUCCUCAGAACGGAGGUCGCCCCAAGACCCAGUGCGAGCACCAUAGAGACAGCGUUCAGGGUGGAACAGAUGGUCUUCCUUUAGUAGGAGCCUUCAUCCCUCAGUGUGAUGAUGAGGGUCAGUACAGACCGCUGCAGUGUCACGGGUCCACAGGUCACUGCUGGUGUGUGGACACUACGGGUCAGGAGAGAGCGGGCACUCGCACUCCACCCGGAAGCCCACCGAGAAAUUGUGAUGAGCCGGUUCAUCCUAUUCAUCCCAAGACCCAGUGUGAGCACCAUAGAGACAGUGUUCAGGGUGGAAGAGAUGGUCUUCCUUUAGUAGGAGCCUUCAUCCCUCAGUGUGAUGAUGAGGGUCAGUACACACCGCUGCAGUGUCACGGGUCCACAGGUCACUGCUGGUGCGUGGACAGUACGGGUCAGGAGAAAGAAGGCACUCGCACUCCACCCGGAAGCCCACAGAGAAACUGUGAUGAGCCGGUUCAUCCUAUUCGUCCCAAGACCCAGUGUGAACAUCACAGAGACAGUGUUAAGAGUGAAACAGGUGGUGUUCCUUUGGUAGGAGCCUUCGUCCCUCAGUGUGAUGAUGAGGGUCAGUACACACCGCUGCAGUGCCACGGGUCCACAGGUCAUUGCUGGUGUGUGGACACUACGGGUCAGGAGAAAGCGGGCACACGCACUCCGGCUGGAAGCCCACCGAGAAACUGUGAUGAGCCGGUCCAUCCUAUUCGUCCCAAGACCCAGUGUGAGCACCAUAGAGACAGUGUUCAGGGUGGAACAGAUGGUCUUCCUUUAGUAGGAGCCUUCAUCCCUCAGUGUGAUGAUGAGGGUCUGUACAGACCGCUGCAGUGUCACGGGUCCACAGGUCACUGCUGGUGUGUGGACAGUACGGGUCAGGAGAGAGCGGGCACUCGCACUCCGCCCGGAAGUCCACAGAGAAACUGUGAUGAGCCAGUUCAUCCUAUUCGUCCCAAGACCCAGUGUGAACAUCACAGAGACAGUGUUAAGACUGAAACAGAAGGUGUUCCUUUAGUAGGAGCCUUCGUCCCUCAGUGUGAUGAUGAGGGUCAGUACACACCGCUGCAGUGUCACGGGUCCACAGGUCACUGCUGGUGCGUGGACACUACAGGUCAGGAGAAAGAGGGCACUCGCACUCCACCCGGAAGUCCACAGAGAAACUGUGAUGAGCCGGUUCAUCCUAUUCGUCCCAAGACCCAGUGUGAACAUCACAGAGACAGUGUUAAGAGUGAAACAGGUGGUGUUCCAGGAGCCUUCAUCCCUCAGUGUGAUGAUGAGGGUCAGUACACACCGCUGCAGUGUCACGGGUCCACAGGUCACUGCUGGUGUGUGGACGCUACGGGUCAGGAGAGAGCGGGCACCCGCACUCCGGCCGGAAGCCAACCAAGAAACUGCGAUGAGCCGGUUCAUCCUAUUCGUCCCAAGACCCAGUGUGAGCACCAUAGAGACAGUGUUCAGGGUGGAACAGGUGGUGUUCCAGGAGCCUUUAUCCCUCAGUGUGAUGAUGAGGGUCAGUACACACCGCUGCAGUGUCACGGGUCCACAGGUCACUGCUGGUGUGUGGACGCUACGGGUCAGGAGAGAGCGGGCACCCGCACUCCGGCCGGAAGCCAACCAAGAAACUGCGAUGAGCCGGUUCAUCCUAUUCAUCCCAAGACCCAGUGUGAGCAUCAUAGAGACAGCGUUCAGGGUGGAAGAGAUGGUCUUCCUUUAGUAGGAGCCUUCAUCCCUCAGUGUGAUGAUGAGGGUCAGUACAGACCGCUGCAGUGUCACGGGUCCACAGGUUAUUGCUGGUGUGUGGACACUACGGGUCAGGAGAGAGCGGGCACCCGCACUCCGGCCGGAAGCCAACCAAGAAACUGCGAUGAGCCGGUUCAUCCUAUUCGUCCCAAGACCCAGUGUGAGCACCAUAGAGACAGUGUUCAGGGUGGAACAGGUGGUGUUCCAGGAGCCUUCAUCCCUCAGUGUGAUGAUGAGGGUCAGUACACACCGCUGCAGUGUCACGGGUCCACAGGUCACUGCUGGUGCGUGGACACUACAGGUCAGGAGAGAGCGGGCACUCGAACUCCGCCCGGAAGUCCACAGAGAAACUGUGAUGAGCCGGUUCAUCCUAUUCAUCCCAAGACCCAGUGUGAGCAUCAUAGAGACAGCGUUCAGGGUGGAAGAGAUGGUCUUCCUUUAGUAGGAGCCUUCAUCCCUCAGUGUGAUGAUGAGGGUCAGUACAGACCGCUGCAGUGUCACGGGUCCACAGGUUAUUGCUGGUGUGUGGACACUACGGGUCAGGAGAGAGCGGGCACUCGCACGCCGCCCGGAAGCCCACAGAGAAACUGUGAUGAGCCGGUAAUCGUGCCACCCACCCAGCGUCCAGAGACGGUCUGCGAGCGCUGGAGAGCCAGUCUAUUGGAGCACUACGGAGGUCAACCUAACUCUCAACGCUAUCUGCCACAGUGUGACUCUGCUGGUGAGUUCAACCCACUGCAGUGCUACGGAGACAGCACCUACUGCUGGUGUGUGGACCGAGACGGACGUGAGGUACCUGGAACCCGCUCACACGAUGCUGUGACACCUGCCUGUAUACCUACUGUGGCCCCUCCCACCGUGCACCCUUUGCCACGCCCAGAUGUGACCCCGCCCCCAACCGGCACAUCCCUCCUCUAUGCACAGGGUCAGCAGAUUGGAGUUUUGCCUCUUAAUGGCACACAGAUGGACAAGCAGAGGUCUUCAGUGUUGCUUGCUCUACAUGGUUCUAUAGUGGUCGGCAUCGAUUACGACUGCAGGGAGAGAAAAGUGUAUUGGACAGAUCUGGCAGGGAGGACCAUUAAUCGGGCUGGUCUGGAGUCAGGAUCAGAACCUGAGAUUAUCAUCAACACAGGUCUGACGAGUCCAGAAGGACUUGCUGUAGAUGUUGCGCGCAGGAAACUGUUUUGGGUGGACAGCACACCAGAUAAGAUCGAAACAUCAAAUCUAGAUGGAAGUGAUAGACGAGUUUUGUUUGACACAGAUUUGGUCAACCCUAGAGCCAUCAUCGUAGACUCUCCUACAGGAACCCUCUAUUGGACCGACUGGAAUAGAGAAUCUCCUAAAAUUGAAAGCUCCACUGUGGAUGGGCACAACCGACGAGUUCUGGUGCGGGAUGGCAUCGGUUUGCCCAACGCUUUGAUUUAUGACACCACCACACGACAGGUCUGCUGGGCCGAUGCAGGAACCAAGAGGCUAGAAUGUAUAUCACCGAAUGGGACUGGCAGACGUGUGAUACACAGUAAUCUAAACUACCCAUUCAGCAUGGUGUCCUAUGCCAAUCACUACUAUUACACAGACUGGAGGAGAGAUGGGGUUAUUAGUCUUGGACGUGACAGUCAGUUUACAGAUGAGUUCCUACCUGAUCAGAGAUCUCAUCUGUAUGGAAUUACAGUUGCUCCUCCGCACUGUUUAUAAAGGGAGAUGCUAAUGACAGAGCCAAUAUUACAUGGUGCUAUUUUAGGCAAGUCUUGAAGUACUUGCGGACUGUGGGAAUCUCAGAGGAGAUGAAAGAAGAGAAUCCCGAGUUUCAUCAAAUGUGCAAAUUUACAAACGUGAACAUGAAUAUUUUUUUUUCAAAAUAGUUUUGUAAAUUUGUUUUAUACCUCAUUUCUUUCUACUGUACUUUUGUAUGUGACUUUUUGUUAAAAAAAUAAAUAAACCCAAAAACAUAA